AUGGCGCACUGCCCUUCGCCCGAGGAUGCAGCAGCCCAGCAGGUCGCUCGAGAUCCCAUUCCACGCUGCAUCAACUUCCAUCCCUUGACCAAGUGUAAGAAGCUCAAGGCAUGGCAAGUCCGAGGUGUGCACAAGUGUGGUCUGUGCGGCGUCCUGCUGCAACGGAACGAGUUCCGGUGGCGAUGUCUAUACCACUGCGAGUGGGACAUGUGCCAGCAUUGCUACGACAAGCACUGGAGCAAGGUCAUUGAGGUGGCCACCAGCGUGGAGAGCAGGCAGCAGCGGCUGGGUUUGCUGUCCGCUGUGCCUGAAGCUCGUCGGCAAGCCAAGGAUUUCCAGGCUGCGUUUGCAGAGAAUCCUGACGAUGCCCGGCUCCUUCUGCCCCCUGCCACUGCUACCAGACCUGAGGGCGCGCCGCCGGAUCCCUUGGAGAAAGCAGGGAGCCAAGACUUUGAGCUUCCCGAAGGAGAGAGCUUACUGCUUCGUUGUUCUGAUGGUCACGUGGUGACAAAGAAGAAGAAGCUGAAGCCGUGGCAAGAAGUGAGCAUGAAGAAUGUCUUCUGCGACGAGUGCCAGGAACGGAUCCCCAAGGAUGACUUCCGAUGGCGCUGCGAGCAUCAUUGUACUUUCAAUGUCUGCGAUGACUGCUACAAUGCCCACUAUGCAUCCAUCAUUAGCCUCAUCAAGACCACGCGGAACGAGGAGAGGUGCUGGCAGUUGCUCAGUGCAGUGCCGUUGCACAUGCGUGACACACCGGAGUACCACGCAGCGAGAAAUCGAGUCGCACGGCGCGCCAAGCAGGAGGAGGCUCGGCAGCAGGAGGAGCACAACAUCCACCUGACCUACGCCCAGGAGCAGGCGGCUCUCGCAGCCUUCGGCACGGAGGCUGGUCCAUCCAAGCUGCGGGGGAGGAUCCAGGGCUGUGUUGCCGCCUGCGACAAGGCUCUGGAGCAGUGGUCAUACGCACAAGUGGCUUUCUGGACGCUGCUUGCAGCUUACGGCGAGCACAUGGCCACGGCCCUGACGAGGGCGAUACAGGGCCCCAGCGUGUUGGCGCAGGUGAAGGCUCCAUACUUGGUCGCGGGUCUCUCCACACUGAUCGGUGCUGCACUGCUUCAGGCGAUGCUUGCCGCCCUGCGGCUGUUCCGACGCCACUUUGGUGAGCUCCCCCCGGUGCCUGCACCUCCGCCUAUUCUGCUGCCUUUCAUGCGGCGGGCGAUGGAACAGCGCGGGGACAUCCCGGCCGGGGAAAGCUUCCCCCGCCGCCGGCGCAAACGCCGGCGCCGGCCGCAGCCGCAGUUGCCGGAGGAGCCUCGAUUCUCUCCGGAGCAGCCGCACUUCAUGCAGGUCUAUGUGGUCCUGGGCGUCUUGAUGGGCCUGGAGUGGGCCAUCCGCGCCGACUGCCAUUUCCGCGCACCAAUCGCAGCGGAAUGCCUCGGUUUGGGUUUCUAUCCAAUUUGCCUGCUGCUGGCUGGGCAGUUCUGCGAGGGCAACUGGAAGGACCAGCGUCUCACCUCCGCGAUGUGCUUAGCCGCCUUAGCCGGCCUGCUGUUGCUGCCGGGUGCCUGGCAGAAGCCGAAAAAAGAAUGGGACAUCGCGAUGGGAAUGGGCGUUGCAUCCCUGUUUGACGGCCUGCGCUGGGGCUUGACGAACAACGUGCUGGCUCCGAGCGAGUACUUGCCCUCGGAGCGCUUCAGCGCUGGUGUCGUCCUGUCAGCGAACAUGGCCACCACUGCUGCGCUGUGCCUCAUGGAGCUGAGCAUCGUCUUCAACUUGACUGGUUUUGCGUAUGUCGUUGACAUCACGGAUCCUCUCACCCUAGUGGUCGAGCUGUCCUGCCUGGGCAUCGCACAAGCGGCGCGACUUGUGGCUUACCUGAACUUGGCCCGCGCUGGGUCUAUCGCCCUCAUUGGCCUGGUGCCGCUGAUACCUGCCACAUUCUCUGUGCUGGCUGAGUGUGUCUACCCUCCUGCUGGGGAGUCGGCACCUACCUGGAUCAACUUCACAGCAGCCCUUCUGGCGCUUUUUUCGAUGGCGUGCUUCACACACGCGCGGAUGCUGAAGCCUCAGCUGGUACCGCCCGAGGAAGGCUACGAGCCCCUGUCGGAUGCAGACUCGGAUGCGGAGCCCGAACGUGGCGUGAGUCUGCAGGUUCCACCGCCGGUGCUCCCGCAGGUCAGGUGGGAGACCGAGCUGGGCGAUGGAUCCACUGGGAUGUGUGGGAAUACCUGGAAACCUCAGCCUCCUCUUCUCGACCUGGAGCUCUUUGUGGUGUCUCUCGGCGUCGGCACGAAGUUCCGCGGCACAGAGGCGGAUACCUCGGCGCAGUCGCUGCGGGAUCUACAUGCAGAGGUACUUGCACGCAGAGCCUUGAAGAGGUUUCUCCACCAGGACCUCUGCCGGUGCCUCGCCGGCGCGCACGGAGAGCUCCUGUCGCGCGUGGCGUCCGUGGUAGUUCUGUCGGUCAACAUUGCCAAGCAGCGCAAACCUCGUCCACGGCAGCAGCGGAAGGAAUGGAUCGAGAAUUGCGCUGACAGCCAGGAGCGAGCCGGACCUCGGCAAGUCAAGGAAGAAGUGACGAAGAAGAUCGAGGAGCAAGAAAGCAAGACGGGCAAGGCAGCUGAGACCAAGUGGGAGCUUGAGGAGGAUGUGAAGAGAGAGGUGAAGGAGGAGGCUUCGCAGGAUGUGCAGAAGAAAGUAAAGACGGAGAUCAAGCAGGAGUCGUCCAAGGAUUGCAAGGUGGAAGUCAAGGAGGAGACGACACGGAAGGAUAUCCAGCAGGAGGUGAAGGAGGAGGUUUCGAAAGAUGCAGAUAUGGAAGUGAAGGAAGAGAGCAACGAGGUCGUCAGCUCUCGUCGAAGAAGGCGCACGAAGGUCAAGGCUGAGAUCAAGCAUGAAGUGAAGCAGGAGGACAAGAAGAAGUCCCACAGCGAGUCGACUGGCAUAAAGCAGGAGCAAGUCGAUGAUGUGCAAGUUAAGCAAGAGGACUGCGAACAGCCUGGGCCGAAGAGGCGUCGAUUGAGCCAGAAGAGUCCGGACGUCUCCGUUCCAUCCUUCGAGUCGCGAUUGACAGAGUGGGCCGAGAAAUGCCUAGCAUUUCAAUCCUCUGGCAAGACGUGGCUGCCCACAAAGCCCUGCUGUCCUGCCAGCCCGUUUCUCGGAUUAGCAGCAGCUCCGUGGCAAGGAUGCGUGAGGGACAAGACAACAGCAUGCGUGCAGCUCCUCGGCAAAGAGCAGUUCAGAGAGUUGCGCGACUUCUACCGCGAGAAUCCACACCAUGCUCUCUUCCAUGACAGCAGUGACCCAAACAGCGAGCGACAGACAGAGCCUACUGCUGGAUCCAGGCCGCAGGCCGACAGGAGCUCAGCCGGCAAUCAGCACCGAGCAGCUGAGUGCAUGAAGAUGUGGCCUUGGAUGCGGGAUCUUCCGACGCGAGCUUGGGCCGGCAAUGGCUGGCUGCUCGUGGAGGACGGCAUGAUGAAGCUCUCGCCGACCGGAGGUGGCUCCGCUAUGCAGGGCCUCGAGAUCUUCGAGUCCGUGGGCUCCGUCCCGGAGCCCGGCGAGCAGAAGCCCUUGGAGUCGACGAGCCAGGUCGAGCCGGGAGCUCAGGUCGUCACGAGCAGGUUCCGCGGCCUGGAGCGCCAGAGCGGCAUCCAGGGAAUUGUCUGGCGCAAAGACCUGGCAGGCUGGCGCGUUCAAUGGUGGGAAGGCAAAGGGCGGAAGGCUUGCAACUUCCCCAUCUCCAAACGCAUGAAGCUGGGCCUCAGCGAGGCCGAAGCCUCGGAGACGGCCCUCGAGGAGGCCAAGGCUUUCCUCGAGGAGCUCGUGCGCCUCGGCAAGCUGAAGCCACCGAAGCCCAUCACGCAGAAGGCCUCCAGCUCGACGGUGCCAGGUGUUUUUUACGACAGACAGGCGGGAAAUUGGAGGGUCCAAAUACAAGACCCCACUAACAAUGGGAAAAGGUUAGAUGGAGGCAGGUUCAAGGUGAAGGAGGAGGCGGAGGUCAGGGGCCGGGAGCUGGCCAAGGAGUUGGGGGUGCAGGAGGAGGUGGUGCCAGUGAAGCCGCUCUCGGAGCUCCCGCAGUUCGAGCCGCUCGGGCCGGAGAAGGGAAUCAAGUGGAACCUUGGUGAGCAGGCCUGGCAUGCAACCUGCAAUGUGGCCAGCAAGCAGAGGAACAUGAGGUUCCGCCCGAAGGAUUUCUCGCCGAAGGAGGUGGAGAAGGCCUGGAAGCAGGCGGUGGCCUGGCGCAAGCGGCGGGAGAAGGAGAAGGAGCAGGCCGAGCAGUCUCAGAAGAGCUGA